AUGCUGGAAGGUCAUGUGCCUUCUCUCACUGCGUCGGUUCCAUGGCGGGCAAGGCGGCGGCGGCUGCAGCUGCGGCGGCCGUGAAGGCGGUGGCUGUGGUGAAGGAGGCGGCGGUAGAGAGCUACCAGUAUUCGUGGAGGGAGAAGCUUGUCAAAUACAAGGACGAGCUCGCCAAGGGCGUGUGGGGCUACUGGGAGCUCGGCGCCUGGAAGCCCUUAUCGCUCAGUGCUCGCAAGCGAGCCCGGCUCCGCAAGGAGGUUCUUCUUGCUGGAGAGGAUUGGCCUUAUGAUCCCCCGAGGAAGGAGAUGAGGAACAAGAGGAAAGGUCACAAAUGCGAUCGCGUGUCUGCGGAGAAGCGGGCAAAAACUGCUGAAUUGAUGAAGAAGAUGCCCGAUAUGCUACUGGAUUAUAAGAAGCGCAGGUGGGAAAAGAAAAUGAAAGAGGAAGGAGGAGGAAAGAACUGAAAACAUAUGGUGGAAGUCAUCUCCGUUCGAGGAAUAAGCAUUUUGAGAUCUGCAAUUACGAUACAAUCUGUUUGAAUUAUUUGUUACGAAGAUGUUGUUAAUGAAAAUUUUACGUCAUGGAACACCUGCUAUUUCUUCAGCACAUUAGCUUUUUCACCGGUUCUGGUUGACUAAACUUUAUAAAUGAUCUUGCUGAUUGCCAUGCAUUUGUUGUAUUCAAUCUCAGUAAAACGCCAAAAUGGAAUCAAGUUAUUCAUAUAUAUUUUCACA